CGGAGUUUCAACAACAGAUCUGUCACUCGUAAAGAAGCCUCACGCACUUCCAAACAACAGAAUCAAACCGCAUUCUGAUUUCACUGUCUUCACUUGUUAGCUCCCAUCUGUUCACUUCGCCGCUUCGCUUCCAAGGCCACCGGAGUUUCUCUCUUCUCACCGGCAAAACCUCUUCUCCCGGUUCUCUCUCUCUCUCUCUCUCUCUCUCUCUUGCUAAUAACUAAAAAGCCAUGUCCAUUCCUCUUAUCCAGCCAAAUGUCCAACAAUGCGCCGCCGUCUCCACCUCUUCCUCCAUUUCUCACUUCCCGUCCUCUUCGUUUUUUCGUAUAAUCGCUCUGGGACAUUCAAUUUCGUCUCUUAAAUCUGUUGUUUGUUGCUUGUCGCAGUCUAACUCUCAGGUCGCAGUUGUUAAUGGCAGAACCGAUACUAGAGUCUCUGGAAGGAAUGAGAUUCGUCUCGGUUUGCCUAGUAAAGGCCGUAUGGCUUCUGACACUCUUGAUUUGCUCAAGGACUGUCAACUAUCCGUCAAGCAGGUCAAUCCACGACAAUAUGUUGCAGAAAUUCCUCAGCUCUCCAAUUUGGAAGUCUGGUUCCAGCGACCCAAAGACAUUGUAAGAAAGUUGUUAUUUGGAGAUUUGGACCUUGGAAUCGUGGGUUUUGAUACAGUCAGUGAGUACUGUCAGGGGAAUGAAGAUCUUAUCCUUGUUCAUGAUGCUCUUGAGUAUGGGGAUUGUUGUUUAUCCCUUGCAAUUCCAAAUUAUGGGAUUUUUGAAAAUAUAAACUCAGUGAGGGAGCUAGCGCAAAUGCCUCAAUGGAAAGCAGAGAAACCUCUCCGAGUUGCUACUGGCUUCACUUAUCUGGGUACCAAGUUCAUGAAAGAAAAUGGGCUGGAGCAUGUGACAUUUUCAACUGCUGAUGGAGCAUUGGAAGCUGCACCAGCGAUGGGAAUUGCUGAUGCUAUUUUGGACCUUGUGAGUAGUGGAACAACACUGAGAGAAAACAACCUGAAAGAAAUUGAAGGUGGAAUUGUAUUGGAGAGCCAGACUGAUCUUGUUGCUAGCAGGAAAUCUUUAAUUCAACGGAAGGGUGCGCUGGACGCUUCACAUGAUAUUCUUGAAAGGUUGGAGGCGCAUUUGAGGGCAAUCGGUCAGUUCACGGUGACUGCAAACAUGAGAGGAAGCAGUGCAGGUGAAGUGGCUGAGCGUGUACUGAGCCAGCCAUCGUUAUCUGGGUUGCAGGGGCCUACUGUAAGUCCUGUUUACUGCAAACGUGAUGGAAAAGUUUCUCCAGAUUAUUAUGCAAUAGUCAUUUGCGUCCCAAAAAAGGCGUCGUACAAGUCUGUACAGCAACUCAGAGCGAUUGGAGGCAGUGGAGUUCUAAUUUCUCCUUUAACUUACAUUUUCGAUGAAGAGACUCCAAGAUGGCGCCAGCUUCUUUCAAAACUUGGCUUGUAGCUCCCGUUGUCAGUUGUCAUUGUCACGUCUGUUUACAGUUGUGUUGCUUCUUGAAAUGUUUUGGGCCGUUCACUAGGUACAUCUUCAGAGCUAGGGCAUAUUUUCAUUGAGUAGGACUUGAAUUGCUUAAAGGAAUUCUGUAAUGUAUCUGUAUUUUCUGGGUCAUGAUUUGAACUCUUGAACUAGAAUUUUGCUGUAGUUAAGAUUUUGUACCUUCUUUUGUACCAAACAAGUUUACUUUUACGAAUAUAAUUUUAUUUAUAUCUUUGUU